UACAUCACCUCGCCCUAUGUCCUAUUUAUAAAUCCCUAUCACUUCUCAAUUACUUUGGUACUCUUCUUUCUAUUCACCUUAUUACAAAGAGACAGAACAAAAAGAAAAAGGAAAAAAAGUAUGUCAUCGAUGAUGAACUCACAAGGAAUGGCUCUGGCCACAGCCAUGGCUGCCGUCUCCGGUACUGUAAUUCUUCUCUCUUUCUGCAUCCAAAAAUCCAUCCCAAUCCAUCAAUUCUCACCUCCAACUCUCCGCUCUUGUAUUCCUUCUGAUACCAGGAAGAAAAAGAAGCACAAAAAAAGGGUUCACUUUGCAAAGGACGUUGUCGAUCCAAUUGGGAACGGCGAGGAUUUUCGAAGACGACACGAAAUCGCUUGGAACAACAACUAUUCCUCCUCCUCCUCCUCCUCCUCCUCCUUGCCGCCGCAAAAUCCCUCCGCCGCCGCCGUUGACCCAGGAAUGCCGGCAAACAGAGUGGCACUCUACAACGGGAUUUUGAGAGAUCGUGUUGUUCACCGACACGCUUACUCUUGUUAAAAUCUUAAUUUUUCUGUACAAAAUUAAAGUUUCUGGCUUCUGGGUCUGGGUGUGAGUGUUUCCCCAAAUUGUAAUUACCAUUUUGUAUAGAAAUUAACGUAAUUCCGAUCCCCCUCUAUUUUUCCUUUCCCCUCAAGAAGCCGAUAAUUUUUCAACAAUUGGGUUGGGGGUUGGUUUAAUUUUCUUGAUCGACAAUAAUUGGAGCUGGCCUUUGAUUGUGGGAGCAACUGUAAGGCAACGGUAACGGCUUUUUUGGUGUACUGUCAACCAAAAAUUUUAAUUUUAAUUUAAUAUGAUUAGUAAGUGGUAAGUUUGAACA